AUGGAAGCCCGUCCUUGCUUGACCGCUGCUUUCCUUCACCUCCUUCUGUCCAUCUGUCUCCUCGCCUCCCUGCCGUUGACAUCAGCCGCCAUCUGCCGUCCUCGCCAUAGCUUCGUCCUCGGCAGUGGUCAGCUGAGGCUUCACGAAGCCUGCCCGCCACCGACUAACGAUGGCGAAAAUGGUCAUGAGCCGCGCUACGGGAUAGACUCCGCCUCAAAGCCUAUUGCCUCUGCUGUACUAGAGAACCUCAGAGAUGCGGUACACGUUAUGCAGACCACGUGGUUCGACGUCCCGGUAGGCAGCUGGGCGACUGCGAUAGACUGGACGCGCGCCGUCAUCGACACGCAUCUCGUGGCCACGAUCUCUACGCUUAGCAGAACGCUGGAUCGCGCACCACGAGCUGCAGGCGGGAUUCAAAGCCCACGCCUUGGCGAUUUCGAGGUCGAAAACGAGAUUAAUCACUACUUCGCCCAGAAUAUUGCCUACUACUUUGGAGAGAAUGCCUUCCGGAUCCGUAAUGAGGCCUACGAUGACAUGCUUUGGGUCGUCCUUGGCUGGUUGGAAAGUGUGAAAUUCAUCCGGAGGCAUUCGCAGCAGCACUACGAGGCCGACAUCAACGGACGGAUAGAAUGGCACGGCAUCCAAUUCAUUGCAGCCUUCGUGCACCGAGCUCGCGUCUUUUACGACCUCGCCUCGCGCGGCUGGGAUGAGAAGUUCUGCGGUGGCGGCAUGGUAUGGAACCCCAACCUAGGUCCUUAUAAGAACGCCAUCACCAAUGAGCAAUACAUCGCGGCUUCUAUUGGAAUGUACCUAUACUUUCCUGGCGAGAACAAUAGCUCUCCAUUCUUGGCCGAAGAAUCGCGGUCGGGCUUCUCCAGGGGUACGAAGCCGUUCGAGAAAGCAUAUCUGCGACAUGCUGUGGAUGGCUAUUUUUGGCUGAGGAGUAGCGGCAUGACAAACCAUAGAGGAUUGUAUGUCGAUGGUUUCCAUAUCGCCAACUGGCGAACCAAUGGCACGGCUUGUGACGAACGUACCGAGAUGGUCUAUACGUACAACCAGGGUGUCCUGCUCAGCGGUCUCAGAGGUCUCUGGGAAGGUACCGGCAAUAGCACCUACCUCGAAGAUGGCCACGAGCUGGUUCGGCACGUCUUCGCAGCCACUGGGUGGGAUGCCGAGCUCCAGCGUGCUACAAGUGCAGACUGGGCCGGUCUUGGCCGGAAUGGCAUCCUGGAAGAUCACUGCGACGCUGCCGGCAACUGCACCCAAGAUGCGCAAACGUUCAAGAGCAUCUUCUUCCACCACCUCACGCUGCUCUGUGAGCCGCUGCCGCUGGAAGCUGUUGUGCCGGGUAAGACUCACUCUGCUGACAGGACGCUUGCGCAUCUGCAUCGCCGGAGUUGUGAGAACUAUGCACCUUGGGUCGCGCAUAACGCAAAAGCUGCGUUGGAAACUCGUGAUAAGCAUGGCAGGUUUGGCAUGUGGUGGGGAGCUAACAGUGAACUUGAUCCAGCACCUUUACCAAUACACUCUAUUGACUAUCGCAAUAACGCUUCAGAGACUUUUGAAAGCGUGUGGGCGCCCGGCGCUGGCUUCUCCUGGUCGGACAGCGUACGUCGACACCCCAGCUUGAACGCGGACGGUACGUAUCUGGACGCAGUACCGGGCCUGUAUGCGGCUGUUAAACUCUCCGAAGGCCAGCAGGUUCUCACCAGCCAGGAUCUGAACGAUCGCGGUCGCGGACGCACCGUCGAGACUCAAGCUGGCGGUGUCGCUGUCCUCCGCUGUUUGUGGGAGUUACUGAGUCUGCCCUGA